AUCAGCUGCUGUUUGGAGGCCGCUGCAGAAGUGUGCUGGUGCCACAGAAUUGUGUUGCCUGAGUGUUUCACUUUGCCCCUUUCUCUCGAUACUGAAUUGAUCAGAGUGUCCAGUGCCUACAGUUUCUGUCCUCAGUGUUUUUUUCCCUGCGACCGUAUUCCCCGGCGCUUCUUCUUUCCUGGAGCCCGACAAAAGCAGAAAACAUGAAGACGCCACCGUUUUUCUUGAUGACCAUCUUUGUGAGCUGCAUGGUCCGCAAGAGCCUUUGCCUAACCGUUUGCAGCAAACUGGUGGCACUUGAGUGGCACCUGGACCAGAUCCUCGUCCAAAUGAACUUGACACUCAUGGAGAACACGUGCGGCACCACUGAAGACUGUUGGGGUUCCCAUGGCGGAGAUGACCUUCGUGCACCAUUUAACUUCCCACAGAUUUGCCCACUUCAGUUGCAGCAUGGCGACAAACUGGUUCUCGUCACCGAUGAGACACUGACGUCAUACGGCGUCAGCCUUCUCAACGUGUCGAAAGACGAUUUUGAGAGUUGUUCUGCCGACAGGCUAGCAAGAGACCAGUUCGUUUUUCCUUGGCGCAUAAACACAAGAGAAGAAGUGGAGAGCAAGUGGCUCAAGCCGGGCCAUCACUACUUCAUUGCUCUGCAUGACAAAAACACUCAGCUGUGUAAACACGGCUUGAGGCUCAACGUGCUGGUCAAGACACAACUAUGCCAGGCCUCCCCUCUGGUCCCACUUUGUUCUGGGAGGGGUAUCUGUCAAACAGACAACUGGGAACCGACUUACUCGUGCCGAUGUCACCACCGCUACUCCGGGAGGUUUUGUGAAAAAUUUGACCCUUGUUUGGACAGUCCUUGUAAAAACAAAGGGGUGUGCUUGAGUAGCGGCUCUGCGGAAUCGAACCACAGGACGUAUAAAUGUCUGUGUCCUCCACAUUUUACUGGGACAACCUGCACGGAAUUCAUUGGGAAGGAAAAUUGUGACAGAUUAUGUACAAACGGGACAUGCGUUCAAGUGUCAUCCGGCUCCUUCACAUGCAUCUGUGGUGCAGAAUUCUCAGACCCGCCUUGUGAGAGAAAAACAACUUGUGAUCCAAAUCCAUGCAGAAAUGGAGGCAUAUGUGAGGAGACUCCCGCAGGUCCUGUGUGUCAUUGUCCUGAAAGCUUCAAGGGCCUCUACUGCGACUCUGCAUUUGCCGGUGAUUGCAUGUCAAACGCAUGUCAGCAAGAUCAAAUUUGCGACCCGCCUUGUGAGAGAAAAACAACUUGUGAUCCAAAUCCAUGCAGAAAUGGAGGCAUAUGUGAGGAGACUCCCGCAGGUCCUGUGUGUCAUUGUCCUGAAAGCUUCAAGGGCCUCUACUGCGACUCUGCAUUUGCCGGUGAUUGCAUGUCAAACGCAUGUCAGCAAGAUCAAAUUUGCGGUGCAAGAGAAAAUGCUUCUGAAUGUGCGUGUGCAGAUGGUAAAGUGGUCCCAGCAUGCAAGAGAGAGCGGCGGAACGUGUGCAGGCCAUCACCGUGCCUCAAUAAUGCCACCUGUGUGUCCAGGGGACGUGAUUAUGUGUGCAGAUGUCUGCGGGGCUUUUCAGGGAAGAAUUGUGGAGAAGUAAUUGACUACUGCCGCCUGCUCAAUAUCAACUGUCUAAAUGAGGGAUUGUGUUUGAGUGUAAUUGCCGGAUAUCAGUGUAUCUGUUCACCAGGAUGGAUGGGAGAGUUUUGUCAAUACGUGAGCAAUGCCUGCCUGAUAAAACCCAACAGAUGCUUGAAUGGAGCCACGUGUAUUACAACAAGCCAGAUGUCAUCUCCUCCAGAGUACGUGUGCAAAUGCACAAACGGAUUCACAGGAACACACUGUGAGACGGAGAUCAACGAGUGUCACUCCAACCCCUGCCGGCACAAUGGCAUAUGCUUUGACCUGGUAGGACACUAUGAAUGCCAAUGUCCCACAGGUUUUCUUGGCAAGAAUUGUGAAUUGGACAUAGACGCUUGUGAACUAAACAGCCCAUGUCCACCAAAGACUCUGUGUGUGGAUCUCGCUGAUGGUCUAAAAUAUACCUGCCGUUUGCCCUGCCCUUCAAGCCUUCAGCCAUGUGCCAAUGGAGGCCGCUGUGUGUUGAAUAACGGCAAGAGCUACACCUGUAUCUGCAGGCCUGGCUGGUCGGGCCAUAACUGUCGCACAAAUGUCAAUGAUUGUGUUCAACAUUGGUGUCAAAAUGGUGCCACUUGUGUGGAUGAAAUUGACGGUUAUAGCUGCCUUUGUCCCAUUGGAUUCUCUGGCUCCUUCUGUGAAAAGGACGUUGAUUACUGUGUGGACCACAGCUGCUCUGAACAUGGGAUUUGCGUGGGUCAGCGGUGGAAUUUCACCUGUCGUUGCGCUCUUGGAUAUGAAGGGGCCCUGUGCGAACUGGAAACAAAUGAAUGUGACAUCUUGCCUUGUGCAAACGGGGCCACGUGUGAGGAUCUCGUCGGUGACUAUCGAUGCCACUGUUCCACGGGCUUUGAGGGAAGGAGAUGCAAAGAGAAUGUGAACGAUUGCUGGUCACAGCCUUGUCUCAAUAGUGGCUUGUGUAUGGAUCUGAUAAAUGACUACAUUUGUCAUUGUCCUCUUGGACACCACGGCAGUGACUGCUCCUCUUCUGUAAACCCAUGUGUGUCCAAUCUCUGUGACCCUGACGGGACUCUCCGCUGUGAAGGUCUUGCAAAUACCUACAUGUGUGUUUGUCAACGUGGCUUCACCGGGACACGCUGCGAAACGCCUAUCAACCAUUGUGUUGAUGGCCUGUGUCAAUAUGGAUCAACGUGCUUGGACCAUUGGAGAGGCUUCAAGUGUGAUUGUUUACCAGGUUGGACUGGUCGUUAUUGUGAGCUGAACAUAAAUGACUGUGAAAGCAAGCCCUGUGGUGUCUUGAGUGUUUGCAAAGACACUUUCAGUGGCUACGUUUGCUUCUGUGCGCCUGGUUUUAUCGGUGAUAACUGUGAGGUAGAAGUAAAUGUAUGCCUCAGCCAGCCUUGUAGAAAUGGCGGUUCCUGCGUUGAUGGUGUCGCUUCUUUCAGUUGCCUGUGCCCUUUUGGAUUUACAGGCAGUUACUGUGAAGUCAGCGCAGAUGAGUGCACGUCAUCUCCCUGCCUGAACAACGCCACUUGCGUGAACCACCCUCAUGGCCAUGGAUGCGUGUGCGCAUCUGGCUUUACAGGAACCCUCUGUGAGCUUCACAUUGAUGAGUGUGCUUCAUCACCCUGCAAGAAUGGAGCCACAUGCAUUGACCAACUCGGUAAUUACAUCUGCCAAUGUCUGGCUCCUUUUAAAGGUCCAAAUUGUGACUUGUUACCCUGUGAGGCCAGCAAUCCCUGUGAGAAUGGAGCCUUGUGUGUGGAAGAGUUGGAUGAGGACCAUUACCCUUUGGGGUUCCGGUGCCGCUGUCGCAGAGGAUUCACGGGCCCCCGCUGUGAAAUCAACGUGGAUGAGUGCAGCUCAAACCCAUGUGUCAAUGGAUUUUGCUAUGAUGUUGUAGAUGGCUUUUACUGCCUUUGCAGUCCUGGUUAUGCUGGCCUGCAAUGUGAGAAAGACAUUGACGACUGCAUGAACAAUCUGUGCAGUGGCGACUCAAUAUGUAAGGAUCUCCAUCUGAGUUACGAGUGUGUGUGUCACUCCGGUUGGGAAGGAAAGUACUGCCAACAAGAAAUUGAUGAAUGUUUGUCACAGCCCUGCAAAAACAAUGCCACCUGCACUGAAUUCAACGGCUACAAGUGUAUGUGCUCACCAGGCUGGACAGGUGCAGACUGCACUGAAGAAGUGAAUGAGUGUGAAUCUGGGCCUUGUCGAAAUGGAGCUCGGUGUCAGGAGUCACGUGUACCUGGGGAUUUCUUAUGCACCUGCCCCCCCUUUCUCAGCGGCCCAUCGUGCAACCAGCCUUACGACCCAUGUGAUCCCCUCAACAACCCCUGCCUGCACAACUCCACCUGCCUGACACGCUCCAAUGGAACGGCCUUCUGCAGAUGCCCAGCUGGAUUUGAAGGAAGCCGGUGUGAAACCGACACCAAUGAGUGCAGUUCGAAUCCUUGCCGAGACCACGGCGACUGUCUGGACCAGGUCAACGGGUACAGCUGUGUUUGUCGAAUGGGAUUUUCCGGCCUCCACUGCGAGCAAGACAUCAAUGAGUGCUCCUCACAGCCUUGCCUCAAUGGCGGAACUUGUCAAGACCUAGUGAACAAGUUUCAGUGCAGUUGUCCUCCUGGAUAUUUCGGAGCGCUCUGUGACCUGAGUGGGAACGAGUGUCAAGUUUCACCUUGCCAACAGGAGGGCACCUGUAUAAGCAGGCCCGAGGGCUUUGUAUGUGUCUGUCGCCCUGGAUACUCAGGGGCAUGGUGUGAAGUUAACAUUGACGAGUGCAUUUCAAUGCCUUGCCAAAAUGGCGGGACAUGUAUCGACGAAGCCGAUCAAUAUCACUGCGUGUGCCCCAACGGCUUCUUUGGCCCCGACUGUGAGACCAACAUUGACGAAUGCUUGUCGGCACCUUGUUUUCAAGGGAGCUGUCACGAUGGAAUCUCUUCCUACACGUGUCUUUGUGAGGCGGGAUGGAGCGGCGGCAGAUGUGAAGUAAACAUUGAUGACUGUGUGACCAAUCCCUGUUUGAAUGGUGCUACAUGUAUUGAUGGCGAAGGGUUCAACUUUACUUGCAGCUGUCCGCCAGGUUUCACGGGGGAUUUAUGUGAAGUGGAACUUAAUGAAUGUGGCUCAUCUCCUUGCCACAAUGAUGCCGUUUGCCAGGAUCUUAUUAAUAGCUACGUCUGCCACUGUCGGUCAGGUUGGACAGGCCUUCAGUGUGAGGAUGACAUUAAUGAGUGCCUUCCACAGCCCUGCAACCAGGGGAUAUGCGUUCAGGGUGAUCCAGGCUACGGCUACACCUGUUUCUGUCGUCCUGGAUUUGUGGGGAAGAACUGUGAGCACAACUAUGAUGAUUGCCUCUUAAAUCCAUGUCCAGAAGCAUAUUCUUGUGUAGAUGGCAUCAACAAGGUCACCUGCCUCCCUCCUGCAACGGAUGCUAUUCCCUUGGAGACUGCACUCAAGAACAUCACUCGCGGCUUUGCACCACGUGUGCAAACACCAACACUCAGCCCCUCGUCUACAGCUGCGCAAUCCACAGAUUCAAAAUAUCUCCAGUAUUUUGGAAAUUCUUACCUGGAGUUUGAAGGGAUCCACCUCAGCAUCAUCAACAAUGUAACUGUGAGAUUUCAGACGCAAGCAGACCGUGGAACUAUUAUUUAUGUGGGCCAAGGACCAGAUAAGAGAGAUUUCAUUUUCAUGGAACUCUUUGUCAUGGAUGGGACGCUACAGUAUGUCUUUUCCUGCAAUGGAGGGGAUGAUGGCGCUUGGAUUAACACACAAAUUCACGUUGAUGAUGGCCAAGUACACAUUGUCAACAUCAGACAACACCUGGCUCCUUGUGAGGCGGAAAUAUUUCUUUCCGGCCAUGAAAAAAUCAAAAGUGCAACAAGUAAUUGGAGGUUGGAACACAUGAUGCAAAGAACAAACCACAUCUUCAUUGGAGGUCUGCCACAACGGUACUUGGCCAUUCAGACUGCAAGACCUUUCUACAACUAUACCGGCUGCAUUGAAAUCCUUGAAUUUAACCAAGUCAGAAGUUUGCACACAUCUGAUGCGAUCACCAGCAGCAACAUUGGCACAUGCAGUGUCAACACAACCGGAGCUCCCGCUCAAGCAGCAGAACACUCCCAGCAUGAAAUUUGUGGUGAUGAUGUGUGCCACAAUGGGGGAACGUGUCAUGAGCUGCAACAACCUGCCAACGAAACGCCUUCCUGCCUCUGCCCGCUUCAUUUUACUGGAACAUUUUGUGAGAAAGAGUCCAAAGUGUACAUGCCAUCUUUUGAUGGCACAUCUUAUUUGGAGCUGCAACCCGUGACAUUAAUUCCUCAUUCCUCGGGCAUCGGCAAGAAUGCACCGCCCCCUGUCAAGGACACCACCGUUGUUCUCCAUUUGACUGUGAAAACUCGAUCUACACAAGGCACCCUCCUCUACACCCAGGAGCAGAAGUUUGGUGGCCACUUUGUUCAUGUGUUCCUUCAAGACGGAAACCCCGUUGCUGAGCUUGGAUGCGGCGGGAAAUAUGUCCUCAGUGUGGCCGCCAGCCAGACCAUCAACAUUAACAGAUGGAUGUCGGUGACAGUUCGAUACAAUCUGCCCACCAGCAAACAAGCAGGGUCAUGUAUGAUUGAAAUAGCAGUAAAUAAUGGCCCGGCUCAUCGUCUCCAGGAGUCUGUGUCACUGCCCAUGUCGGAGGGAACAUUUGGGCCGAUUUUUCUUGGGCUUGCAUCCUCCCGUUGGGAAUUGCAUGACGGUCUUGCAAAAGGAGGAUUUAUUGGAUGUAUCCGGCAACUUCAGGUCAACUCAAAGGAGAUUUUUCUGGUGGGUGAGGCCGUGAGAGGAAGGAACAUCAAGAACUGUGACCCACCUGUUUGCCAGCACCUUCCCUGUCGCAACGGAGGGACCUGUGUCAGCGAUGCAGAGGACUGGUUCUGCAAGUGCCCCCCACUUUACGCUGGCCAGCUGUGCCAGUUUAUGACCUGUGACCGCAACCCCUGCAGUCAUGGGGCAACAUGCAUGCCAAAGUCGCCACUGGAGGCAGUUUGUCUUUGUCCUUAUGGAAGACAAGGCCUACUUUGUGAGGAAGCCGUCAACAUCACACGAGCCAGAUUCAGUGGUACUGAUGAGUUUGGCUACACGUCUUUUGCGGCCUACUCCAACAUUCCGAAUCUCGGCUUUUUCUACGAGUUCCAGCUGAAGUUCACGCUGGCCAAUCACUCGUCUGCUUUGAAAGACAACCUGAUCCUGUUCGCUGGGCAGAAAGGACAAGGCACUGAUGGUGACGACUUCUUUGUUUUGGGUGUGCGGAAAGGGAGAGUCCUGCAUAAAUUCAAUCUCGGCUCAGGUAUAGCAACCAUCAUCUCGGAUCGACUGAACCUCCGCAUGGACAUCCACACUGUCACAUUUGGAAGGACCAACCAAACAGGAUGGCUGAAGGUUGAUGGACAAAGGAACAGAACGGGUUCAUCUCCAGGACCUCUGCGGGUCCUCGAUGCUGUCAAGCCACUCUUUGUAGGCGGAUAUAAUGAGUACAGCUCUGACCUGCUGCCACUUGGCUCCAGGUUCCAUCGCGGCUUUCAGGGGUGCAUUUUUGACAUGUACUUUCGAACAAGAAGAAAUGGAACAGUCCAAGAUCUGGGACAUCCCGCCUUUGGGCGAAGCGUGGGUCAAUGUGGAGUCAAUUUGUGUGUUCAUGUUCACUGCAGGAAUGGAGGAACAUGUGUGGACUCUGGUUCAUCCGUGUAUUGCCAAUGCCCUUUAGGAUGGAAGGGAGCGCUCUGUUCGGAGACGAUGUCAGUGUGCGAUGCCGCGCACGCUCCCCCGCCUCUGUGUGCCCACGGCUCCACCUGCAUCCCUCUUCCAAAUGGAUAUACCUGUCACUGCCCCCUGGGAACAGCAGGAGUCUACUGCGAGAAAGCUGUGAGCAUCAGUGAUCCAUUCUUCAGUGGAAAGCGCUCCUCCUGGAUGGCCUUCCCCCCAGUGAAUACAAGACAUCGGACUGUUUUACAAAUGCAGUUCCAACCUUUAUCACCUGGUGGCAUCCUUUUCUACAUUGCACAACAUCUUGGGGACAGACCUGGAGACUUCCUCUGCCUUUCUUUGAUGUCUGGCUUUGUCCAGCUGCGGUACAAUCUGGGGGAUGGUCCCCACGCCCUGCAGACUGUGACGAGAGUUGACCUGCAUGCGAGCAGCUGGCACACUGUGAAGGCGGGCCGGAUCGGUCAGCAGGGCUUCCUAAUUCUGGAUGGCAAGGAAGUUAGACGCAACGUGACCCAGGGGAUGAGCACACUCGAUGUUGCCACCAACAUCUUUGUCGGGGGCGUCUCCUCUCUGAGCUCUGUGGCCACGGACGCGAUCGAAGGGGAGCCAACGGGCUUCACUGGCAGCAUCAGAGAAAUGAUUCUAAACGGACUUGAGUUGGAGUUGACGGAAAAAGGGGCUCUUAGUGGCGCAAAUGUCGAGGACCGGGAUGGAAGUGACUGUGGGUACAAGGUGUGCCACAAUGGAGGUCAAUGCAAGGCAACGGGGAAGGACUCUAUCACGUGUGACUGCCCACCGUCAUGGACCGGCCCAACUUGUAAUCAGUCUUUAAGCUGUGUCAACAACAUCUGUAAACAUGGCUCCAUAUGCUCUCCCGCUAGUCAGACAACGUACACCUGCAUGUGCCCCCUCGGAUGGGGAGGAAAGUACUGCACCAGAGAGGUGCCGACAGACACUUUAAAGUUUGUCGGACGCUCUUACGUUAAAUACGUUGAUCUGAAAUACAGCAGGAGAAAUUUAAGAUCAACCCACGUUUCUUUUAUCUUCCUCACAAACACUAGCGACAGUCUAAUCAUGUGGAUGGGCAAAGGGGGCCAUGAAGAUGAGGACUUCCUGGCAGUGGGACUAGAGAAGGGAGGCCUUAAAGUUGCACUUAAUCUUGGGGAGAGGAUUUCCCUCCCGUCGACUUCAAAAAGUCAGACACUUUGCUGCAACAAAUGGCACCAUGUUUCCAUUUUAAUAAACAGCACGGUCAUUCAAGUCCAUUUGAACAAUAAGAGAAUCAUCCUGGAGGAUGUGGACCCACUUGGGAAAUACGUAGCCUUAAACUACGGGGGGCAGCUCUACUUUGGGGGAUUUGAAAUGUUCACAAAUGUAUCCGUCGUGACAUCUGGACUGUUUUCAGGGGGCUUUGAAGGAAAUCUCCGAAAUGUUUAUUUGUUUGACGAAGCCCUUCUGUUUUCAAAAAGCGACGAGGGCUUUAAUGUUCAUAACGGAAAUUAGUAGAAGGGGAAGUGGCUUUUGUGAGAAAGCGAAACACUCAGAUUUUUGAAUACAAUACAUGCUGAUUUAUAUAGCGCUUUCACAACAGCUGCAGAUGAUUUUAACUCUCUAGGAAUAUAGGCUUCAAAAUCUCAGAACAUUGAAGGAAUGUGUGUGUGUGUGUGUGUGUGUGUGUGUUGUGCUUUCUUGAGAUGUCACCUCACCAAAAAGACUAUGAUGGCAAAGGGUAAUGAUACUCAUCUUGGCCGCUCAUUCCGCUUGGAGCAAAACAGUUCACAAAUUAUCAGGCAAAUUAAGGCAAGUACUGGUAAAAACAAAUUCAUUUUUCCAAUCAGGUGCUGAAAUAAAAUGUACACAGUGGUAAACAUGACCCUGUCCCAGCUUUUUUGGAAUUCAGCCGUAAAAUUCUAAGCUAACGAUUAUUUGCUAAAAA